GCAGGAUGGGGCCCGACGGUAAUGCUUUGGAGAGCCGUCGUCUCUCAUGUCAAAGGGCUGGGCACAUGGUGGUACUGGGCCUGGGCUGAGUAUACAGUUGGUGCUCAGCACAUGCCCGCGCAUAUUGUUGCAGCUUAUUAAUGACCCAAGGACUGGGGUGAUGUCAUUUCUCAUAGCACAAAGCGCUCGUUCCGUUUUGAUGGCUCAGGUAGAGUGGGUGGUGGAGGAGGCACUGGGUUAGGUUGGGUGUCCCUGGAGGCGGGAGUCUAGCCGAGGCCACGGCUGCUGCUACUGCACCAAAACGCUCUGCGAUUCUCCCGUGGUACUGGGUGCAGGGCCAGGUCUCUGCCUCUGGCCCCGUGGCUCAGGCAGCAGGAGUACUGCGGGGGAUGGGCGCCAGGGCAGGACCGUUGCCAGGCUGUGCUCACCCUCCUGCUCUGCUUCUCCCCAGGCCCCCGGCAUCUCCAAAGCAGACAAUCAGUCCCAAGGACUCACGACCAGCAUCCGGUGGGGCCAGACGCCCAUCAAUCAGUCCACGCCUUGGGACACCGAUGAACCGCCCUCCAAACAGAUGAGGGAGAGCGACAAUCCAGGCACAGGGCCGUGGGUGACCACAGUGGCCGCCGGGAGCCAGUCUGCCCUGAUCGCACACUCCUACGGAGUGGCCCAGCCUCCCACCUUCAGCCCGGCUGUGAACGUCCAGGCGCCGGUCAUUGGGGUGACCCCUUCACUGCCUCCCCACGUGGGGCCCCAGCUCCCGCUGAUGCCAGGCCACUACUCACUCCCACAGCCGCCCUCUCAGCCGCUGAGCAGCGUGGUGGUCAACAUGCCCGCCCAGGCCCUGUACGCCAGCCCGCAGCCCCUGGCUGUUUCCACGCUGCCCGGCGUCGGGCAGGUGGCCCGCCCAGGACCCACCACUGUGGGCAAUGGCCACAUGGCAGGGCCCCUGCUGCCUCCACCGCCGCCGGCCCAGCCGUCUGCCACUCUCCCCAGCGGUGCCCCUACCACCAAUGGGCCCCCCACAUCAGACUCGGCCCACGGGCUGCAGAUGCUACGGACAAUCGGCGUGGGGAAGUAUGAGUUCACCGAUCCCGGGCACCCCAAAGGUGCCCUCCACGCCCUCGGCUGUUGCUUUGGGUCCUGCUGGUUUCCCUUGCUCCAAGGCUCCACGGGGAGCCUUUAGAGACCCCAGCCAAUGCCCCCGCAGGACACACACCCCUGCAUGUGCCCUGCAGCGACUCCAGCUCAGCCUGAUGUGGGGUUGGUGGGGACAGUGAUUCAGCAUUGCCCGACCACCUCAGUCCCCCAUGUGGGGUGUGCUCCAGGGCCCCCCCUUCCCACCAUCUUCCCUGGUCUUCAGCAGAGCUGGAGCCCAGUAUGUCCUCUCAAAGAAGGGCCUGGCUGACCUCAAAGCCCACAAGCCCUUGGCCAUCCCCGGGCCUGAACAUCUGAUCUUCACCCAGCUCUGGGAAUAGAAUGGGAGCCUCCAUCCCCAUUUUACAGACAUAGAAACAGAGGCUCAGGAAGUACCAGGGCUUGUCCACAGUCACAGUGUCAGGGGAGGGCUGGGCUCAGCAGGGCAUCUUGGCAGGCACCCAAUGCUGGCCCAAGAGGACAGAGAUGACUGGUCAGGCUGGAGCAGGGCACACUGGAGGGUAAUUCCGGAACACCAGCCAGGGUGCAGCAAACACCCACGUGGAGGGCUUGAGGUGCUGGUGGGGGACUUAGAGGGUGGGGCUCAGUUCUGCAGACCACCCUCUCCCAUUCACCUGCUGAACAGUCUAGGUCAUUCUGGCCCAAGAAUCUGGACCUCUGAUGUCCGGCAACCAGCACUGCGAAGGGCAGGCUCUGUCCAUGGGCCCGUGGGGUGCGGGGACAGGCCGGCAGGGCGAGGCUGUUGGGAGCAUUACUCACCUGAAGGCCUUAACUUUGAAAGUGAAAGAGUUUAUAUAAACUGAGCAGAGCAGCUGUCAGGCUCUCCUCCUUCCCCAUUCUGAGCCUUGAUGCGGGUCUGGGAGAAGCUUCUGACAUCCCCAGGUUCGGAGCCCAUGGACCUGGGGCACUCUCUGUGCUGGCCCCAGGUGGCCAAGCCACCAGGCAAAGGUAGGUGUGUAUCAGGGUGGGAAGUCCCCUGAGGCCACUUCCUGGGACUUCCUGGGGCUGCAAGCCAGGCUCCCCUGUGCUGAAGACCCAGGUGAAGGGUGGGGCUCCUGAGAUGACCCAGGAAGUGGGAGGAGGUGCAGACUAUUCCUGCCCCUUGCUUGCUUCCCCUCCUACCCCCCCAUCCCUGCAUCUGUCCUGGAAGUGUGAAAGGGAAGUGCUCGUCAGGCCCCCACUCCACCCGUCCUUUCUCAGGGGCCCCUCCCCAAGAAGCUCGCCCCAGCCAUGGCUGUGAGUGUCUAACAUAAGGGAUGCUGUUUUUGCAGGUUUUGUGGUUUUUAUUCCUUUGAACCAUAUCCAGCCCAUCUUACAUCACAACGCCAUGCUUUACUUGGUAUCAAAUACAUCAGCACUCAUUGGCAUUUGGAGAACUUGUUGCACAGUUAAAUUACAGUUUUUAGUUGUUUGUGAUGAUGUAUUCUCUCUGUUUCCGGUUGUCAGUAUGGGAAUCUUUUCUCCCAGACUUUCAAUUUCUGGGUUUGGUUUUUUUUUUGGGGGGGGGGAUUUCGUUUG